AUGUCGCCGCCACCUAAUCCACCCCCACUAAGUCCCCCGCCGCCAAGCCCCCCGCCGCCAAGCCCCCCGCCUAAUCUGCCCCAGCCGUACCCUCCUCCGCCAAGUCCUCCACCGAAUCCACCCCCGCCUGACCCCCCACCGCCAAGCCCUCCGCCCAAUCCACCCCCUCCUAACCCUUCGCCGCCUGACAUGCCGCCACCUAAUUCACCCCCACCUAAUCCGCCGCCACCCAGUCUGCCACCUCCCAGCCCCCCGCCAGAUCCACCCCCGCCAGACCCACCGCCACCGAGUCCUCCACCCAAUCCACCCCCUCCGGACCCCCCGCCUCCGGAUAUGCCGCCACCACCUAAUCCACCCCCACCAAGCCCCCCACCCAAUCCACCGCCGCCAGACCCUCCGCCACCAAGUCCCCCGCCGCCUAGCCCACCGCCGCCAAGCCCCCCGCCUAAUCCGCCACCACCGGACUCUCCACCGCCGAGUCCUCCCCCCAAUCCACCCCCGCCGGACCCUCCACCUCCAGACAUGCCGCCACCUAAUCCGCCCCCUCCUAAUCCGCCGCCGCCGAGCCCUCCACUAGCAGACGCUCCAGCACCGGCGCCCCUAGUGCCGGACACCUUCCCACCGCUCAGCAGCCCUCCAACGGAGUUUUCGGCGCCAAAUUUGGCUCCGCAGAAUAUUCCACAAGCUCCGGAACCAUCAGUUUCAGCCCGACCCUCGGGCCCGGCCGAUGCACCUUUGGAUGCGCCACCCUCUGAGCCGCCCUCUUCAAUUGUUCCAACGAUAGCUCCCUCGGAGUCCAACGCUGUACGUGGCGCCUGCAUCACCGCCGCCAAAUGUGCUGACACCGUCAACUCCACCAAUCAGUCCACCUCCGGGGACAUCACCUCCACCGCCGGUCCCCCCUCCAUCACAGCCGCCACCACCGCCGGUUGCUUCACCUCCACCGCCGAAUCCAGCUCCUCCGCCGCCGCAACUACCGAGCCCGCCGCCACCCGUUGCGAGGCCGCCACCGCCCUCACCAGUACCUUCCCCACCCCCACCAUCACCAGUGGUGGGGUGAUAGCGAUCCUGAAGAUCGGCGCUCUUACAGCAACAACUGCUGCAGCCGGAACCACACCACUGGCACCAGCUGCCCAUGCUCCUUGA